CUCAGAUUACAUUGUUGCUAAGGAAAAAGUUGUUCCAAUUCACCCCCCGAGUGAAUGGGGCCCUGUAUAUGGCAAAAUUGUGGAGUUACUUUGACCUCAGUAGACGACCAGAGCAAGUCGAGAGUUAUGAGAAGUAUAUACUAGAAUGUGAGCAACUAGAAAUAUCUCAGCAAGAACCGGGGAGUAAAAAUGAGAAGGAAGACAUGUCACAAGCAGAGCAAUGGAAGGAGCGAAGAGAAUGUUUGGAGAUGUUGAAAAGGGAAUUAAGCAAGGUGCACAUCACCAAUAAGACACCUGAUUUGGAUUACUUUCUGGAAGACGAUGAAACGAAGGAGCAGGAUGUUACCAUUACAGAACUUCAAGAUGAUAACAUUUCCAAGAGGGAAAAGAAUAAAUAG